GUUUCACUUGAGUCAAGCCUGAUCUAACCCUUGGAUGUGAUCUGCCGAUCUAGGGAAGGUUAAGGACAUUCUGCAAUUACUUUCAGAGGAAAUCAAAGAUUAAACAGUUCACCAUGAUUGACUUGCUUGGAGGUGGAGAGUCCAGCUUUGGUCAGCUGAAUGCCUUGACCAUCACAGCAACUCUUGGAGUGGUCACUGCUACUCUGGCCAUGUGGACCAUGAUGAGGCCAAAGGGGUUCCCACCUGGUCCCAGGGGUCUACCUUUCAUCGGUAGCAUCUACAGUAUGACCGAUUCUCCCGAGGUGGUCUUUAAGAAAUGGUCUAAGCAGUAUGGUGAUAUCUUCGGUUUUAAGGUCGGGGAAAGAUGGAUGGUCGUUCUUAACCGACAAGCUUUGAUCAAAGAAGCCGUACUCAAACAGGGAGUAGACUUUGCAGAUCGUCCUGAUUUCUAUACGUUUCACAUUUUAACGGAUGGUUAUAAAGACAUCGCAUUCAGUCCAUACAGUGAGACUUGGAAACUUCAUCGCAAGUUGGCUCAUACUGCUCUCAGGCACUUUGCAACCGGCAAACCUCUACAGAAUCUGAUCUCCAGCGUCUAUCCAAAGGUUGAGAUGAGUCUUGCCAGGACUGAAGGAAAGCCAGUGGAUCCAAAAGUCCGCCUGACUCUUCUCAUGUUCAAUGUACUUGCACAGAUGUGUUUUGGAAAGAGCUAUGAUUUGGAUGAUCCUAGCAUCGCUGGUUGGAUGGAAUUGAAUGAUGAGUUUAACGAGAAAUUUGGACUGGGUCUGGCAGCGGAUUUCUUUACUUGGGCCAAAUAUGUUCCUACGAGUGGGCCUCGGCUCAUGAAGGAUCUCACCGAAAGGUCCUUCUCCUACACUCGUUCACAGAUUGCUGAAUCAAGGGAACAAUAUGAUCCAGAGAACAUCAAUGAUUUCUACAGUCUGCUUCUCAAGGCCCAGGAAGAUGCAAGGAAAGAAGGAGAGAAUGUAGAUAAAAUGACAGAUGUCCAUAUCUUCCAGACAAUUUCAGAUAUCUUUGGAGCUGGAACUCAGACCACUAUUGAGACUCUGUACUGGGCCCUGGCUUUGGUUACGACCUACCAGGAAAUCCAGGCAAAGGUUCAGACCGAGAUCGAUGACGUCAUCGGCCGUAAUCGUCUCCCUACCAUCAACGACCGCGGUAAACUUCCCUACACGGAGGCAACCCUCUACGAAGUAAUGCGGUACAGCAGUAUCACCCCUGUUGCACUGCCUCACGCUACUACUCGAGAUACAAAAUUGGGAGGCUAUUACAUCCCCAAGGGUGCGGUGGUGAUGAUGAAUACCUACUCCAUGCACUAUGAUCCUCAAGAAUGGGACCAACCGGACAAGUUCCUUCCAGAGCACUUCUUGGAUACAAGUGGCACAGUUCGUGAUCACCCUUCAAGCUUUCUACCAUUUGGAGCAGGACGUCGUGGUUGUCUCGGUGAAGCCGUAGCCAAGGCUGAUCUCUUUCUGAUCUUCACAUGGUUCAUGCAGAACUAUACCUUUAGCAGGGUUCCUGGAAAGGAGUCUGAAGACAUCUUACAGAUGAUUCCUCAGACAGCUUCUGGAAGACUUCUGAGGCCUUAUGAGAUCAUGAUCAACAAGCGUGACUAAUAUAAGUUCUUUAACUUGCUCUAAGUCUAAUAGAGAACAAUCAAUAUUUUAUUGUAGAUGAAUACUUGG